UACAAAAUUCCUGCUAAGCAUUUCAUUUCAAUAAACUUGAGGCAUUGCCGCAUUGGAAGAAAACAGAAUUUGAUAUUUCCCCAACGCCUUGAUCAAUGGUUCCAUGCACAAUAAUCGCCGAUGGCUAAGUGUCACUGAUGUGCGGCGUUUUUCCUGUAAAAGCCCACGGAACCAAAUAUUUAUGCGUUGAGCUGACGUGGGGUAUUGAUAUUUCGAGUGAUUAUAGGUCUGCAGUGGGAUUCAGAAUGCAAUGGGCCUGUCCGUACUUCUCCGAUUUCUGUUGUCUAACACAACCAUCCUAGUGCAGCACGUCCGGACUUCUCCCUGCACAUCUCUCGGGCUCUCUCGCAAGUCGCACCACGCCAACUCAACGGCCUGCACCCCGCUCCCCCCCUCUCUCUUUCUCCUUCCCGUCGGCAAACUUUCUCUCAGAUAAUGCCUGAAAUAACAAGGGUUAUCCAACUACCAGUCUGAGAAAAGGAAAAAGCGUGAAGGAGCAACCACCCGUCACCAUUCGAAGGAUUCUGCUUUGGAAUUCUCAGUUUUAAAGAAGGUUUUGGUUUUCCACCUCCCUACUCUGUAAAAAGAGAUAUGACUGACAUUCUCUGAUUGGGGAACGACAGGAAGAGCACUACUUAACUGAAUAUGUGCAUCCAUUUACAGGUGCAGAGUUUCUACUUGCACAUAUUCACUAAUUAGUGAGUUGGAUGAUACUCCCUCCACUUAUGACAAAUGGAACAAAGUAGCAUGUCGUGAUGAUUUGAUUGAAAACGAACGAGCAUAUUGUGUUAAGCCGCAAGUCAAAAAACUGAUCUCAGUUUUACUGGAAGUGAGAAAUGGUGGAGGGAAAUAGAAGGAGAUCAAAUGCUCUUUUGUCCAUUAGUUUAAGGAGUUUUUGUGGAGUUUAAUUAUUGGGUUGUGAUCCAAUGGGUCCUAUAUUGCUUCCUAAACAUGUAGCAGCCGUCAUUAAAUAUCAGAAAGAUCCAAUGAAGGCACUAGAAAUGUUUAAAGCAGCUACUAAUGAAGAUGGGUUCAAGCAUACCUUGUUCACCUACAGGUGUAUGAUAGAAAAGCUUGGUUUUCAUGGGGAGUUUGAGGCUAUGGAGGAUGUUCUGUCUGAUGUGAGGAUGGACAUUGACAAUAGUUUAUUAGAAGAAGUGUAUAUAGGGGCUAUGAGAAAUUAUGGGAGGAGUGGGAAGAUCCAAGAAGCUGUGGACACUUUUGAGAGAAUGGAUUUCUUCAAUUGUGACCCAUCUGUUCGUUCUUAUAAUGUAAUCAUGAAUAUCUUGGUUGAAAACAGCUAUUUUGAUCAAGCCCACAAAGUCUAUUUGAGAAUGUUAGACAAAGGGAUUGCUCCCGAUGUGCACACUUUUACUAUAAGGAUAAAAUCGUUUUGUAGAACAAGUCGGCCUCAUGCUGCUUUGAGGCUUCUCAAAAACAUGCCUGCUCAAGGGUGUGAACUCAAUGCGGUUGCAUACUGUACAGUGAUUGCAGGAUUUUACAAAGAGGACUAUCGAAUUGAGGCAUAUGAGUUGUUUAAUGAAAUGCUUAGCAGAAGAUUUUGUCCAGACAUCACAACAUUUAAUAAGCUUAUACACAUACUUUGUAGUAGGGGGGAUGUCCAAGAAAGCUGGAAACUUCUCAGCAAGCUUCUAAAGAGGGGAGUUUCUCCCAACUUAUUUACAAUCAACAUAUUUAUUCGAGGCCUUUGCAAAGAGAGCAAGCUCAAUGAGGCUGCUUGUUUAUUGGAUUCUAUGGGUACACAAGGAAUUACCCCUGAUGUUGUCACAUAUAAUACGCUUAUAUGUGGCUUGUGUAAGAGCUUUAAGGUUGCAGAGGCCGAGAAUUAUCUACACAAAAUGGUAAAUGAAGGGUACUGGCCUGACGAUUUCACAUAUAACACCAUCAUUAAUGGAUACUGCAAAUUGGGCAUGGUAGAAAAAGCAUAUAAGAUACUCAAAGAUGCAGUUUUCAAGGGGUUUGUGCCUGAUGAGGUUACAUAUUGUUCCCUUAUUAAUGGGUUAUGUCAGGAGGGUGAUAUUGAUAGAGCAAUGAAUGUUUUUAAUGAGGCAACGGGAAAAGGAUUGAAGCAUAGUGUUAUCAUCUAUAACUCUCUAGUCAAGGGUUUGUGUCAACAAGGACUUAUGUUGCAGGCCUUGCAGCUGAUGAAUGAGAUGUUAGCAAAUGGUAGCAGUCCAGAUAUAUGGACAUACAAUAUAGUCAUAAAUGGGUUGUCUAAAAUGGGAUAUGUUUCUGAUGCUAAGAGGCUCAUGGAUAAUGCUUUACUUAAAGGGCACCUUCCAGAUGUUUUCACUUUUAAUAUAUUGAUUGAUGGCUACUGUAAGCAGUUGAAGUUAGAGAAUGCCAUGGAGAUAGUUGAUAGGAUGUGGGAACAUGGUGUUACUCCUGAUGUUAUCACUUACAAUUCUGUAUUGAAUGGCCUCUGUAAGGCCGGAAAGGUUGAAUAUGUUCUGGAAAUAUUCAACGAAAUGGUUGGGAAGGGUUGCAUUCCAAAUAUUAUCACAUAUAACAUACUUAUAGAGAGCCUCUGCAAGGUUCAGAAAAUAAAAGAAGCCCUUGAUUUAUUUGAAAAGAUUGAGAACAUGGGGUUAACUCCAGAUGUUGUUACUUUUGGCACACUUGUUCAUGGUUUUUGUAAAAGCGGUGAUCUUGAUGGAGCGUAUCAAAUGUUUAGAAGAAUGGAGCAACAAAUUCACAUCUCGACUAUGGUUCCAACAUACAAUAUAAUGAUCAGUGCAUAUGCAGAGAAUCUCAACAUCCAUAUGGCAGAGAAGCUCUUUAAUGAGAUGGGUGCAAAAGGUUGCUUGCCUGAUUGUUUCACUUACAGUGUCCUGAUUGAUGGUUUCUGUAAAACAGGAAAUACUGAUUCAGGGUAUAUGUUUCUUUUGGACAUGCUUGAUAAGGGGUUUGUUCCAUCUUUGACAACUUUUGGACGAGUAAUUAACUGUGUAUGUAUGAACCAUAGAGUUGAUAAGGCAGUUUAUAUCAUUAACCUUAUGGUGGGCAAGGGUAUAGUCCCUGAGAUUGUGAACACGAUAUUUGAGUCUGAUAAAAAGAUGGUAGCAGCACCAAAGAUCCUUGUAGAGGACUUGCUAAAGAAAGGUUAUAUAACUUAUUAUGCAUAUGAACUUCUUUAUGAUGGAAUUAGAGAUAAGAAGCUACUAAGGAAAAGCAGAAAAGAACAGUCAUAAGAUUCUUGGAUGAGACUAGUUGUUUGGUAAAUUAACAUCUUGGUUGUAAAAAAAAAAAAGAUAUUUGUGCCUGAGAGGGUGGGAAUUCUGAUAAUGUAAACUAUCAGAUUGGGCAUCUAAAGGCAUCCUUAAAAGAAGUUCAAAUAGCUGUCUGUUGAUUGUGUGGAGAUUCUAGAGGUAAUGAACAUGGAAUUACAAAAACAAGUGCAUCAUGGACGAACAAAUGGUAUUAUUGUCUUCUCAGAAACAUGGCUUAGUUUGUUAAACAAUUUCUUUUUAUUUUUAAUUGCAAUUGUUGUAUAUGGCUAAUGAUUAAGUAGUAAAUGAGAUGGUGGUGUUGUUGUAUAUUGCAAUUGUUUUGAACUGAGCGGGGAAUAAUGGCAAAGUUAAUGUUUGAGAGCUGGGACAGAAUACCUAUGUGAAGGGCAUUUAUGGUUACCAACUCUGUUUGGUUGAGAGAUCAA